AGUAAGCUCAGGGCUAAUCUUCCUCAAAAAAAAAAAAGAAAGAAAAUUAUAGUUUUAUUAAAUCAUGCAUAUAGAGCAGUGACUGUUUGCCUGCCAUGUGGUAGGUGCUCAGUACACGUCAGCCGGUAUUAACCAUAUCUACUUAUCCAUCACCUGUCACCGAAUGGACCACAGCACGCAGCCUGGGGCUCUGUCCUGGGUUCUGCCGGGACCUGUUUCUUUGGGAGCAAGGCCUCCUGGACUUUGGGGCUUCAGCAUGACUGGUUAAGAGGCGGGGCUCUAGACCCGGUUGCCUGGGUCUGAAUCCCAUUUCUUCUUGCAAAAGUUACUUAACUCUCGGCUUCAGCUUCCUCCUCUGUAGGACGAGGAUCACAGGACCCACCUCACAGCACUGUGAGCAUUAGACGAGCUGAUAUAGGUAAGGCUCUGAGCGCAGCAGCUGCAAGUAAAAAGAGCUUGAUCUGUGUCGGCUGCUGUUCCUCCGUGACAAUGGAGGCAAUCACUGUGGUCUCACACUCAGAAGCCAGAGUGUCUCAGCCCAGGAAUUAGACUGCAUGUAACUGUAUGUAGAUUGUGAAUGGGCACAUGUGCGGUUGAACCUGUGGUCCUGUGCAAAGCACACACUGGGACUGACGUCCUGGUCCCUCCCCUGUCAGUGCUGUGUGUGACUUGUUUUUUAAUCAGUCUAGAAACGCCUGUCUCGCUCACCUCCUCAAGCUGGAAGUGGGUGCAGGGAGGGGAUGGAGGUGAAUAAUAUUCGGAAAGGUUAAGGCCUUCUAUGCAGCAAGGAUAUUUGUUGUGAUUUUUAGGGAAACCGUAUGCGAGGAAGGGGCUGCUCUGAGGUUGGGUUUCUACUCUGUCUUCCCUCCCCAACCCUUGGGACCUUUGCACUGCUUUCUGGCAUUCAGAAGAAAAACCCAGCCUGGCUUUCUUCGAACAGUCAGUGGCCCUGUUUGCUGGACAGUGAGAUGAGGCUGCAUCAGUUGGUACCAGGCCCAGUGUCUCGACCGCUGAUGCCACUUGACUCCCAGCAAUAGAGCUGGAGUGUGGAGCUUUGUCCUGUGUAUUAAGUGUCCCUGCUUGGGGGCAGGGGCUGGUGACAGAGCCAUCACGCGAUGGUCUUGAUAUCUGGCCAGAGCUUCCUGUUUAAACCCUUUUUCUACUACAUGGUCUGUGUUUCCUCCUCCAUGGGAAGAAAUUUAGAGUUUUGCCACCGACUCUGAAUAACUUGUGGGACUUCUUGCUUCUGAUGAUGGAGAAGGGCCUGCCUCACCUGUUGGCCUUGGUUUCUGUGUCUGGAACAUGGAGAUGAUAGUAUUCACCUCGCAAGGUUACAGUGAAGAUUAAUGAGAUAGGCGUAUUUAGCAAAAUGCUGCACAGACCAGGUGCUCAGUACAUGCCUGUGCCCUUCCCCUUCUUUGUUCAUUCUGGGAAUCACUCUUGCUCGGAAGCUGGGAUGAGCUGGCCCCUGGUCCCAUAGCCCAUAGUUCCUUGGUCACCAACUUCAGGCCCCACUCAACGCCUAGCCAAAUAGGAUGCCCUCUGGAGCACCCAGCCUGAGACAGCAGUCCCGCUUUCUUUCCCUACUGCUCCCUGUCAUGCCCCCACGUCCCAGGCCAAUCUCAAGUGUGCUUUGAGUUGGCAGACGGUGUCCAAGCCGAGAGUGCCCCGCCGAGCCCUAGGGAUGUGGCGGUCUAGCUUCCUGUUCCUGGCUCAUUUCUAGAGAGCUGAGCACCCAAAUACCUUGCAUGUGGCCCAGCCUGAAUCCCAAGUACGCUGGUCAGAUCACAUCAGGCAGGAAUCCUGACUCAGCCUCACCCGUAAGGCCUUCUGUCGCGCACCUCCCUUCUCAGGGCCUGGGCAGGGACUGUGCUCCCUGCUUUCCAGGAGCUGAAGGGCUAGUGGGGUGGGGGCGGGAAAGGACUGCAAGCCAGUGACCGGGAGGACCGCAGUAGCCAACCCUGAGGGCUGCCUGGUGAGCUCAGUCGAGAAAGGGGAAUUCUUGACAGCUUGGGUUCCAGGCAGCCUGGAGAAGGUGUAGGACUUGAGCUGGACAGAGUUCAGGGGAAAGCCGUCUGCGGGAGGUGACCGUGCUCGACGUGUCCCUGGAAACAAACACAGGCUCAGUGCUGAUGAAUAUUCCCAUCUUGGGCCCAGAUCUGAGAUCAAAACCGAGUCCCGCGAUUUUGGGUCUAGUGUUUAUUCCACCGCACCUGACUGGGAGAGGUUGUCUGAUGAGCGGAUCCCCGGCUCCAGUGGCCAUGCUGUGCAGGCAUGCACCCUUUUCUGCGUAGCUCCUACCUGCUCAUCUUGAAGGCUCAGCAACAUGGCUGCCUCCCCUGGGAAGUCCUGGAAGAACUGAGCACGCCCCACUCUAAGGACCUGUGUCUUUACACCUGUAGCAUCUCACUGCACUCUGAGUGUAUGUUGUCCCUUCUGCUAAAGGGGGCUGCAGUCAUUCGUUUCUGAAUUCCCAGCACCUUCACAAGGGGCUUGCACGUACUUGGGCUCAAUAAGUGUUGGGUGAAUGGGUGGACGGACAGGUGGGUGGAUAGGUGGGAGAGUUUUAGUGCUCUUUGACGUUCCUUUGGGGGAGGUUCGGUUGCACUUACUGAGGCAUACCUCCUCCAAGGGUGGGUAAACUAGAGCUCUUUAAUAAAGAAGUCUUUUUGGAGCCUCCUUGCACCUUGCUCGCCUCUGAGUAACUGUUUUUGAGACCGUAUCUCCACAGGACUGAGUCUGGCCCAGAGCCCUCUGAUGAGAAAAGGGGCUCGUCACGGACCGUCGGAUAUCAGGGCUGAAAGGGCCUUACAGAGCAUCAGAUUUGAGAUUCUAGAGGUGGGAGGCGGCAGAGCUGGGACCAGCACCGCGGUCUGACUCCCAGCCCAGGGCUCUGCUCAACUGGAGGUCUGCCCAGACCCUCAACCUUCUGGCGUCUUUCCUGGAUACCUCACCUCCUAAGGGAUGCCAGGCUGCAGGGAGGGGACAAGGGUUGGCUGUGCACAGAUGGGCAGAGGUGCCUGGUCUGGCUGACAGGGAAAGUUCAAGUGCAGGAGGAGGGAAGCCUUUCAGGUUUCACUUUGCAGGGGAUGUAGAAAGAGAAGGGAGCGGGGAGGGAACUUCCCAGUGGUCUGGAGACCGAGCCAAGCUCUUCAUUCUCUUCCCACAGCCCUCUUACCUCAUUCCGGACCGAGGGAUUUCUUGGUACUGCUACCCUACCUUGUAGGGAAGCAUUUAUUGUGGCCCAAGUAGAGAAAGAAUUUAGUUACUAAUUCUAGUCCAACUCUGGGUGGGAGUAGGGAAGACAGCGAUCAUGCCCCCAGAUGGCUUGGUUGCUUGGCUGUUUCAGGUGACUGCCAGCCCUUGGCACCCUGUGGUCUACACACUUGAGCAAUGUGUAGACAGGUGAAGGAUGGGUAAGUGCAGCUGGGGAGCCCUUUGCCACCCCGUGCCCUUGUCUCUCAUUGGUGGAGGGCUAUGACACCCCCUCCCUGAUGCCAUGUGGGCUUGUCAGUGAGCACUGAGUGGCCUCCGGUCCAUGGAGAGCACCCUUCCUGGGGCUGGGGGCGGGGGAGUAUGAGAUCACAUAGCUGUACGGUUGUAAGAACCUUAGACAGCAGCUAGACCAGCUCUCAUUUUACAGGUGCGGAAACUGAGUCCCAGAGAGGUGAAAUGGCUCGUCCAGGCCACACGGCUACAAAAGUUGCUGAAACUGGACCACACUGUUCUGGCUCUCAGUUCAGAACACUUUCCAGAAUUUUCAGAUGGUUUGAAUUUUCCAUUUAAUCGUUUUUGUCUGUGCAACCUUGGGCAUGUUAAUAAAUUUCUCUGAGAGUCCGUUUUCGUCCUUGUGAUGAAAUAGGAAUAUUAAAUACCUGCUGUGCAGGAUGGCACAAAUGGCAGGAGUUGGAGAAGAUGCGUCAGGUACCCAGCACGGGCCAGGCACCUCCCGCAGUUAGUGGGUGUCAUCACUGUGAUUGUUUUCCCUGUAGAUGGGAACCACCCUGUCUCAUAACUGGGAUGUUUAUCUCACCCUUCAUCUCCCUUCCCAGCCUCAGACACCAGCCAGGUCUGCUGCAGUGACCUCUCCUUACCUGUGGGGGCCAGCACCUGGGGAGGCGUUUACAUUCUUGGCAUUCCUCUGGCCUCUGGGGGCUGAGAGAGCGCUGGGGCGGGUCGGGAGGCCCCGUGGGAGAGGGGCGUGGAAGCCGGUCCCCCUCUGACCCCUGCUGCUCCAGUCUGGGAAUGAGAAAGCCUUCUCCGGGAUUCUCCACUGAGGAAGCCCAGAAACCUGAAGAGGCGUUGCCAGGAGCGUGCACAUCCUUUCAGACACAUGGCGCAGCUGUGAGUGUCCGAGUGAUGGGGUAUGUGUCCAGGAAGCACCCCAUGGCCGCAGGCGUUUAGCAUGGGCUGAGAACCUGGACCCACACGGAGGGCUGGCAGAAAUGGGCUCCUGGCUGAGUCCCAGGUGGUCGGUGUCAGAAAGGAGAGGCCUGGGUGUCUGGAGCAGGCCAGAGACGAAGCAGUUCUGGAAUGCGUGAAUGGGCUGGAGCCCUCGCCGCCUGGCCCACCAUGGUCCAGAGGCUGUGGGGGAGCCGCCUGCUGCGGCAUAGGAAAGCCCAGCUCCUGCUGGUCAACCUGCUGACCUUCGGCCUGGAGGUGUGCCUGGCCGCGGGCAUCACCUACGCGCCACCCCUGCUGCUGGAAGUGGGGGUAGAGGAGAAGUUCAUGACCAUGGUUCUGGGCAUUGGUCCAGUGCUGGGCCUGGUCUCCGUCCCGCUCCUAGGCUCCGCCAGUGACCACUGGCGUGGGCGCUAUGGUCGCCGGAGGCCCUUCAUCUGGGCCCUGUCCCUGGGCGUCCUGCUGAGCCUCUUCCUCAUCCCGAGGGCCAGCCGGCUGGCAGGGCUGCUGUGCCCGGACGCCAGGCCCCUGGAGUUGGCCCUGCUGAUCCUGGGCGUGGGGCUGCUGGACUUCUGUGGCCAGGUGUGCUUCACUCCACUGGAGGCCCUGCUCUCUGACCUCUUCCGGGACCCAGACCACUGUCGCCAGGCCUUCUCUGUCUACGCCUUCAUGAUCAGCCUUGGGGGCUGCCUGGGCUAUCUGCUGCCCGCCAUCGAUUGGGACGCCAGUGCCCUGGCCCCCUACCUGGGCACCCAGGAGGAGUGCCUCUUUGGCCUGCUCACUGUCAUCUUCCUCACCUGUGUGGCAGCCACGCUGUUGGUGGCCGAGGAGGCAGCGUUGGGCCCAGCCGAGCCUCCAGAAGGGCUGUCGGUGUCCCCCAUGCCGCCCCACUGCUGCCCGGGCCGCGCCCGCCUGGCUUUCCGGAACCUAGGCACCCUGUUCCCCCGGCUGCACCAGCUCUGCUGCCGUGUGCCUCGUACUCUGCGCCGACUCUUUGUGGCCGAGCUGUGCAGCUGGAUGGCAUUCAUGACCUUCACACUGUUUUACACGGACUUCGUGGGUGAGGGGCUGUACCAGGGUGUGCCCAGGGCUGAGCCAGGCACUGAGGCGCGGAGACACUAUGAUGAAGGGGUCCGGAUGGGCAGCCUGGGGCUGUUCCUGCAGUGUGCCAUCUCCCUGCUCUUCUCCCUGGUCAUGGACCGGCUGGUGCAGCGAUUUGGCACCAGGGCAGUCUAUCUGGCCAGUGUGGUGGCUUUCCCCGUGGCUGCCGGUGCCACGUGCCUGUCCCGCAGCGUGGCUGUGGUGACCGCCUCGGCUGCCCUCACAGGGUUCACCUUCUCCGCCCUGCAGAUCCUGCCCUACACGCUGGCAUCCCUCUACCACCGCGAGAAGCAGGUGUUUUUGCCCAAAUACCGAGGAGAUGCUGGAGGUGGCGCCAGUGAGGACAGCCUGAUGACCAGCUUCCCACCAGGCCCCAAGCCCGGAUCUCCCUUCCCGAGUGGACACAUGGGUGCUGGAGGCAGCGGCCUGCUCCCGUCUCCACCCGCACUCUGUGGGGCCUCUGCCUGCGAUGUCUCCAUGCGUAUGGUGGUGGGUGAGCCACCCGAGGCUGGGGUCCUUCCGGGCCGGGGCAUCUGCCUGGACCUUGCCAUUCUGGACAGUGCCUUCCUGCUGUCUCAGGUGGCCCCAUCCCUGUUUAUGGGCUCCAUUGUUCAGCUCAGCCAGUCUGUCACUGCCUAUAUGGUGUCGGCUGCAGGCCUGGGUCUGGUGGCCAUUUACUUUGCCACACAGGUAGUAUUUGACAAGAGCGACUUGGCCAAAUACUCGCUGUAG